GUGGAGAUUCCCAGCAGGAACGAGAUGAGUUGGGAACGGCCCGGCUAUCAGGGGCACUGAAGAGCACAAGAACUGCUGUGUUCUGUAGCAGCACCUCCCUGAAAAGCUCCAGCAGCUGCUCCACCCCUUCCCCAGACCGGUCUCCAGCAGCCUUCCCUCCCUCUCCCCUAAGCUUCCAGGGCUCUAGGAUUCUGUGCUCUCCAGACAGACAUUGUGUCUAGGACACCAUGGGGUUGCACUGCCCUUCACAGUGUCUCAGGCCCUGUUCUGCACAAGAUGUCUAUGGCGCUUGCCUGGUGGCCUCACUGCUCCCGCCAGCCAAGUCAGUUAACACGGGGGAACGGCAGCAGCGUGCGGAUUAGGACUCUGAUGCGUUAUGCUCUGAUCCUGCCUGGCUUUAACCGGGCUUCCCCCCUCCCUGUGUGUCAUUGCCAGGAGAGGGGCAGUGUGCGCGCCGCUGCCAUUUUACUGCUUGGCAACGUGGUGAGCAGCGUGAAGGACCCGGACAAACCCAUCGUGCAGCAGGAAAUGAUCCACUGCUUGCUCCCGCUGCUGCUGCACCUUGAAGACCAGAAUGAGAGUGUGACACUGAGAUGCAAACUGACGCUCUUCCGCUGCGCAGUGUUUCUCAGGUGGGCUCAUUUGAAGACGCUGUUCUGCAGCAUGGCCUGGGAUAGCUCCACACAGCUCCUGAAGUGUGCCUGGAAGUGCUUGAUGCAGAACAACAAGAGCCACAUCCCCAAAUUCCUGUUCCAGGCCUUAGAGUACCUGGAAAGCUCACAGACAACAAUCAGACAUUCUGCAGCCCUCUUCAUUGGAAAUACUAUCCACCAUUACUGCGACUUGUUGUCUGAAACAGUGAAUGAAGAUGGCAUCUCCCGCCUGUAUGAAGCUUUUCAAGAAGUGCCUUUGACAUCUGACAGGACCACAAGGCGCAUCCUCAAUAGACAUUACAAAUGGCUGCAGAAGCUUGGAAAUCUUGUGUCGGGUUCCGCAUUCGACUAG